AUUUGCGUGGGGCGGCCGCGACGGAAGAAAUCCUUUUCCCACGGUAUAUAACUCCAACUUUUUAGUUCGUCAUCAUGGAUUCCGACGCUGAUGAGAUACCCGAUCUUGUUCCUACUGAAGGGAAUGUGCCAUCACUCAGCGACAGAAGUCCCACUGCUCGACGGGUUCCGUUGACUAUCAUUUGUGGUUUCUUGGGAGCCGGGAAGUCAACGCUGUUGAGGAGAAUACUGACCGAGCGACAUGGAUACCGGAUAGCGGUGAUUAUGAACGAAUUUGGGGAUACAGCUGAUAUAGAAGCUAAAUCUGUCACCGUUGACGGCGAAUCGACGACAUUAGAGCUUGCAAAUGGUUGCUUGUGCUGCAGUAUCAAGGAUUCCGGCGCAGCCGCUAUUGAGAAAUUAAUGCAGAAACGAGGCGCUUUCGAUCAUAUCCUUCUUGAAGCAACAGGUCUCGCAGAUCCAGGUCCUAUUGCGGGCAUGUUUUGGCACAAUGAAGAGUACAUCGAUGCCCAAUCUAUUGGCUCUGAGAACGGUAUCGUACUGGAUGGUGUAGUGUGCGUUGUGGAUGCGGUAUUUGGAUUGAAGCAGAUGGAAGAGGAUCAUUCAAAUAACGGAGACGAUGAACCUGGGGAAAGUUUGAAGCAAAUUGCUGGUUCGGAUGUGAUAAUCUUAAACAAGGUCGAUCUGGUGCAGCCUUCUACACUUUCUGCGAUAGAAGCAGCAAUAAAACACGUCAAUCCCGUUGCGCCACUUCACCGAACCGUUCGCGCGGAGCUUGAUUUGGCUCAUAUACUCGGAAUACAGGCGUAUAGUACAGGUCGGCAUCUUCCUCCCCGUGAUGACCAGAAUCAACCACACAACCACGACCACGAGCAUGAGCAUGAACACACCCACUCAUCCUUUUCCGCUGCUGUCCCGCACUACGUUACCCGUGGUAUUUCCAGUCUGCAAUUAUCUCUUCCUCCCCUCUCAGCUUCACAAUUUGCUGCAUUCGAUGUCUGGAUACGUACUAUCUUAUGGGAAAACUGUCUUCCAGAGUUAGAAGGCACCGACACUCAAUCUAAAGAAUCGGCAUCGAAAGGCAACAUCAACGUCCUACGGUGUAAGGGUCUGCUUACACUGACUUCCGGCGAAAAGCAUGUUCUCCAAGGCGUGCGGAGCAUGUACGAGAUUAUCCCUGUUAAGGGAGAUGAUGAGAGCACCAAGUCGGAAUUCCCCUUUGCAGGAAAAGUGGUUCUCAUAGGCAAAGGUCUCGGGGAGGAUGUACGACGUAGUUUUAUAUCGAAUGUUGUCGGCGAAGAUUAAAGACUCAUACAUAGCUAAUACUCGAUUUUGUAUUUGUUAGUCGCGAAACACAAUUCAUCUAAUGUAAAGGGGAUCAAAGACUCGGAUCUAUCUGGAUCUAUGUAAGACGUUUAGGAAAUGGUGGUGGUGUAUGGCAACAGGGACAGGACAGCUCGAUUUUGGCCCGCCGGCCAUCAAUGCCGACCGAAGACCCCAUGCACCUGUUGCA